AUGGUAAAGGUAGCAACAAAAGGGCAAAAAGAAAUUUAUGAGGCUAACAGGAACACCAUGGUCACUUUCGGGACAGCAUGUUUAGUUACGAUUGUGGUUCAUUUAGGAGCAUGCUUUUUCUUCAUCAGUUGUAGCUCUAAUGCGUAUAUUUUCUUUUGGUUAACUGUAGCAGUUGAAUUGAUUGUUCUGGGACUUAUGAGAAGUAUGGCAGGUUGGUGUACCGUGUUUUCAAGUUGGAAGACUGGCUUCGACAGAUUGGUUUCAUUUAAAGGAGCGCGGUUUGAUGAGCGUGGUAGGGUGACCGAUGCUGGCAUGGAUUUGAACGAUCCAGCGGCAUUUGGCGAGUACUGUAAAGACGUCAUAAUUGUAACUGUUUUUGCUCAGGUGUGUCAGUUUCCAGUAUUAGUGAUUUUUUUAGUCGGAAGUUAG